AUGACCCGCUCACAUCCUAUUGCCCCUCAACAAAUGCUCGGGGGACUACACGCUGCUAUCGCCGCCAAUUACGGUUCCGCAGCUGCUGGCCACGGUGCUUCAAUUUCGACAUUGCUGUCGAGACUGCACAGAAUCUUGAAGCAUCAUGAUCCUUCGCAUGGGCACCUCCGCUCUCGACCGAGCCUCGUGAUGCAAAUGGUUUUCUUGCUGGUCCAGAACCUCCAGAUAGCAGAGAGUAUCUCGCCUGACGACAUUGCUACUGAAUUUGCGGCUCUCAAAGAGUUGAAGAGGACCGAAGAAGAUGAGAGCUUUGACAAAGUUGAAGUGCUCGAGGGAAAUGGUGUUGAUUUUGGCGAGUUGGAUCCGGUCGAACAAGGAAUAAUUCCACAGGCCAUUCUAGAUGAGGUUAAUUACAUUACAUUAAUGGCGAGGAUGACGCGCGACGGAUGGGACGAGGCAACAUUGAAAUAUUGA